AGCACAAAAAAAGAGUCGUAGAUUUAAGUAUGGGGAGUAAAAUAUAAUGGACAAUAAUCAAAAGUGAAGAAGUUGAGAAAAGAAUAUUGUAUGUUGGGCUGAAAUUGAAUUUCCAAAACUAGCUGUGAUGAGGAAAAUAGAAAUUUGAUAGAAUUGUAUUAUCUCAAUAACUCGAUAAGUAUGAAUCAUAAACUAAAAAUUAGCGGUGUUUACGUAUGGCCUUUACUUGACACUCCUAAAAAUGGCAGUCACGUCAUCACCACCACCAUUUCUCUACUCUCUCUAAUUGUUUGGAAUGCAAGUAAUUUUAGGAACCAAAUCCGGAACCACAGCAAUUUGUGUUCUUGAAUUCAAUACAACCAAAGGGAAGAACAACGAGAGAGAAAAAUAUCAGGAAACAACAUAGAAAGAAAGAGAAAACUGAGGGGAGGGAAAAAAAAAACAGGAAAAGAAAAGAAAAGAAAGAAAAAGCCAGUCAUUGGUACCAACUCUUUUUCGCUUUCCCCAUCAAUCUAACAGGACAGCUCUUCAAUUUUUCUUUUCGAAAUACGAAACACCCAUUUCAUUUCAUUAAACCAUCACAGCAGCUGAAGGUACCCAAUACAGUCUUGAAAAGCAGACUAAACAAGAUAAACAGCACAGAUUGAUGUUUAUGUUUUUGUUGUGUUUGAUUCCUUCCAAUUUGCCCUUUUUUCUGGGUUUGCUGCAAAAAUGUGUCAUUUGUCCUGAAAACAACACAAUAACAGACUCAGAAUGGGAGAGGAUAAUAGGCAAAAGAGAAAAACUGCAGGAGAGGUAGAAGAGUUGGUCUCUUUGUAGGGAGAGAAUGAGCGAAGAGAAGGGCUGGGAAGCGACAGUAAGAAAAUCACAAGCAGCUACAAAGAGAAGAUCCAACUACAUCUUUGGCACCACGAUGUCAGCAGCGGUAGCUCAUGCAGAUGAUGAUGAUCCUUCUUGCAACGAGUCAGUCUACCAUGCAGAGAGAGUUUUUCCCUGCGGAGACUUCUACACAGGCCAAUGGCAUGAAGGCCUCCCUCAUGGACAUGGCAAAUACCUCUGGAUAGAUGGGUGCAUGUAUGUUGGUGAAUGGUACAAAGGGAAAACAAUGGGAAAGGGUAAAUUUAGUUGGCCCUGUGGUGCGACCUAUGAGGGUGACUUCAAGGGUGGUUAUAUGGAUGGUAAAGGGACUUAUACAGGAUCUUCAGGUGCUACUUAUAGGGGUUCUUGGGUUAUGAAUUUGAGACAGGGACAUGGCACAAAGUGUUAUUACACUGGAGAUUGCUAUGAAGGUGAUUGGAGAAGAGGCGUGCAAGAUGGGCAUGGAAGGUAUCAAUGGAGGAACGGGAAUCAUUAUAUCGGUCAGUGGAAGAAUGGUGUAAUGAACGGGAAUGGAACUAUGAUUUGGAGAAAUGGAAAUAGAUAUGAUGGGUUUUGGGAAGAUGGGUUGCCGAAAGGAAAUGGGACUUUUAGAUGGUCAGAUGGAAGUUUCUACGUGGGGGUUUGGAGUAAAGAUCCUAAAGACCAAAAUGGGACUUAUUAUCCAUCUGGGUCUAAGUCAGGGAAUUUGGAUUGGGAUCCACAAGAGGUGUUUUUGAAGGACUUGAGUGAUUGCCAGAUUUGUGCUUGUGAAAAGGUGUCAAUUUUCCCAUCACAGAAGACAUUGAAUUUCCCUGGGACUGAACUUGGGUAUGUUAAGCCAAUCAAAGGGAAUGUUGAGGAUGGAAAGCUUAGGCGGAUGUCUGUGGAUGGGAGAUUAAGUAAUUACAGCCUAGCUUCAAUGGAAAGUAAUGAUACUUCUGUCGGUGGUGGAGAUGGGGAAUGGAGAGAUGGAGAUGAAGGGUUUUGUCAUUUUGAUGAUUUAGAUUCAAGGAUGCACAGAUUGAAUUUACGGCCUGUGAAGAGGCAAGGGGAGACAAUAUCAAAAGGGCAUAAAAACUAUGAGCUCAUGCUCAAUCUGCAGUUGGGAAUCAGACAUUCAGUGGGACGACCUGCUCCGGCUAUAUCUCUUGAUCUGAAGGCUUCAUGUUUUGAUCCUAAGGAAAAAGUUUGGACUAAAUUUCCUCCAGAAGGAUCCAAGUACACUCCACCGCACCAGUCUAGUGACUUCAAAUGGAAGGAUUACUGCCCUGUUGUUUUCAGGACUCUCAGGAAAUUGUUCAAUGUGGAUGCAGCUGAUUACAUGCUAUCUAUAUGUGGGAAUGAUGCCCUUAGGGAGCUCUCAUCCCCAGGCAAAAGUGGAAGCUUCUUUUACUUAACAAAUGAUGACCGCUACAUGAUAAAGACCAUGAAGAAGGCAGAAGUAAAAGUGCUCUUAAGGAUGCUGCCAGCUUACUACACUCAUGUUCGCUCAUUUGAGCACACUCUAGUAACCAAAUUUUAUGGUCUUCAUUGUGUGAAAUUAGCUGGUCCGAACCAGAAGAAGGUGCGAUUUGUCAUAAUGGGGAAUCUGUUCUGUUCUGAGUAUACCAUUCAUAGACGUUUUGACUUGAAAGGUUCUUCCCAUGGUCGCACAACUGCUAAACCUGAAUCAGAAAUUGAUCCAACAACAACCCUCAAAGAUCUUGAUCUCAAUUACAUAUUUCGAUUGCAUAAGGUUUGGUUCCAAGAGUUUUGCAGACAAGUGGACAGAGAUUGUGACUUCCUUGAACAAGAGAGAAUUAUGGAUUACAGUCUUUUGGUUGGUAUUCACUUUCGAGAAGCUUCGUAUAAGGAUUCCAUGACACCAACUCGUAGUUCUGGAGUUAGGACUCCUACUGGCCUUCGCACUCCAACUGGACUUCUUACACCCUCUGGCCCAAGAACUCCUACUGGAAAUGGAAACCCAGAUAAUGAAUUUGGAGCACUCCCACGCCUUUCUAGAGCAGAGAUGGAUAAGAUUAUUCUUGACCCUGCUCGGUUGUCCUCCAUAAAGCUGGGCAUCGGCAUGCCAGCACGGGCAGAAAAGACUACCAGAAAAAGUAAUUGUGAAGUCGGUCUGAUGGGAGAAGCAGCUGGAAACUUGUAUGAAAUCAUUCUAUUUUUUGGUAUAAUAGACAUACUACAAGAUUACGAUAUUAGCAAAAAGCUCGAGCAUGCAUACAAAUCAAUGCAUUAUGACCCAACUUCAAUCUCUGCUGUAGAUCCAAAGCAAUAUUCAAAACGUUUUCGAGAUUUCAUUUUGAGAGUUUUUGUAGAAGACACUUGACGAUAUAGAUUGACCUGAAUAUUCAAACUUGCAACCUGUGACCAUUUGUGCAUAGCCACUUUGUUUCGAGGAUGACAAUUCUUUCAGUCAAAAACCAUUGGGGAGGAUUUGCAGCUGCAAGGAUCAUGCUUUUCUAGUUCAGCAAAUGGCAGUUUUCCCCUCAUCAUCUCUGUUAGUUCACAGUUACAAACGUAUGAUGUCUCCUAGGAAAGGUAUAGAUUAAUGUUGUAACCAGAAUUACUUGAGCUUGAUUAAUUUGUAAAUCAGUUAGCCAGGUGGAGGAUCCAUGUCAAAAUUUGAUUCUUUUUGUGCCAAUAUACAUUCCUUUUUCUCCCACUUUGUGGGAGAGUCUUGGGUUUCGGCAUCAAUUAUGUACAAGAGGAAUUGUAAAGGAACUAACUUUUGGCGACUUUCUUAAUCUUGAAAGAAAUUCUUUGUUGAUGAAGCUGCA